AUGGCUCGAUACUUUUGCCAAAUUUGCCGCAGAGUACUGACUUACGGUGAGCAUCAUCCUUGCGUAUUUUAUAAGAAUGAUGACAACGUGUAUUCACUGCCAACGACAGGAAAUUCAGAUGAAGAUAAUGAAGAAGCCAAAGACAAAUGUACGGAAAAUUCGAAUGAGAAUUCUUUGUAUUUAAGUCAAUCUUUCCGACAAAACGAAAAUAAAGAAUCUGAGUUCAUCAAUUUAUCGCUGUAUCAACAUUAUGAAGAAUUUAAACUGCUUCCUCGAAAAGUAAAUAAGUACAGGAAUUCUGCAGAGUGCUCCGACAAUGCACAACUAAGUUAUCCUUGUGAUAUUUCUUAUUUUAAUUCCAUUUCAGAUGCUCAGGCGACGGAAGUGCAAGGAAAAGAAAACACAUCUUUUACAGCUUCUUCAGAAAACAUUGAAUCUGCUCAUAGACCUGAAAUCGCCCAUCGUGAAGCUUAUGAAAAAACGACAGUUUCAGCCGGGUCAAGUGGUUUUCAGAUACAAAAUCAAAGUGCAUCAGGUGUAUCAGACCUGCUCUAUGCAACAACUGAUGAAGAAUAUAAAACGUUUCUUGAAAAUAGCAAAUGGCAAACAUUGAAUUACGAUAAAAAAUUUUUUAUUGAUUCUCUAGAAUGUGUCGUCAAAACAGGUCAUUCAGAAACUAAAAGUAUUUCUGGAAAUGAAAAUUUGAUUUUGAGGAAUGGGUCAGAGAGGGUAAAUCAUAAAAAUAUUGCACCUGAAAUUCAUUCUCAAGGUCACAAUAAUAAGAAGAAAAGGAGUACCGACUUGAAGGAAUCUAUCUCUACCAAGGAGGAUGACAAUGCUGUGGCUGGCCCUUCCGGAUUCUGUUCUGGUAAGAAGAAAUUUCCUAAGAACUUUUGUAAGAAAGAUGCUCCUGAAACGAAUUAUCGAACGCACACUAGCUAUAAGCGCGAUAUAUGCAAGAAGCAGUUCUCUCAAAAAUCAGGUAUCGGCCUACAUUACAUAACCCACACGGGCAAAACACCUUAUGUAUGUGAUAUAUGCGGAAAAGAAUUUACUCAGAAAAAAGAUCGCGACAGACAUCAUCGAACCCAUACCGGUGAGAGACCUUUCGUGUGCAAUAAAGCUUUUGCUCGAAAGUUUAAUCUUAAGAAUCAUGUUAGGACUCACACUGGCGAAAAGCCUUUUGUAUGUGAUGUUUGUAAUAAAGCUUUCGCUGUAAAGUGUAAUCUUAAAACACAUGCUCGUACCCACACUGGAGAAAAGCCUUACAAAUGUCCAUUUUGUGGAAACGCUUUCACGACCAGCAGCCAUUGUAAUAUCCAUCAGAGGAGCGCGCAUAAGUGA